UUCAAUGUUUACUCGUCGUUCGGAUUCAGCUGAACGCAGAGCUUUGCUUUUGUAUUAAAAACGUGUUGGAAGAUGCGAAGCGCGAGUGUCAAGUGGUUGGCGGCGUCCGCUGCGCUCGUUUUAGCGAUUGUCGUUUGCUGCGAUCUUGCGAACGCUCAAAAUGGAGCAGCAGUGGCUUAUGAAUUGCCUGAUUUAGGGCCAGUAGGGCCGCCACGAGCUAAACGGUCGCCGUUAGGAGGUGGAGGUGGCGGCGGUGGUGGACCAUAUGGCCAACCGGGCCUACCUGGUGGCAAUGGGUAUGGCGGCGCUGGGGGCUAUGGUGGUGCUGGAGGUUAUGGUGGCAAUGGUGGUGCUGGCGGCUUUGGUGGUGGUCCCGGGCAACCGGGUCAGCCAGGUGGUGGGCCUUAUGGUGGCGCCGGUGGUCUGGGAGGUGGUUAUGGUGGUGGCGGGGGCGGUUAUAGUGGUGGCGAAGGCGGUUAUGGUGGCUAUGGCGGUGGGGCCGGACAGCCCGGACAACCCGGUUAUGGUGGCUAUGGUGGAGCUGGUGGUCCUGGUGGCGGUGUUGGCGGCGGUGCCGGUGGUUAUGGUGGUUACGGCGGCGGACCUGGCCAACCUGGACAGCCUGGCGGUUAUGGUGGGGGCGGAGGUGGCGGCGGAGGAUAAAACCGUCUUAGGUUUAUUUUCCAUGCAAAUAAAAGGCAAUUGAAAAUAUAAAA